UCUUUUCAUUCGCUCCUCACUCCGCAGCGGUGCCAGCAGAAUAUCAUUAUCACUUUUAAUUUUGAAACCAACCAGCGUACACUGCUCUGCUGAAACGCAGAUGAAUCACUGACACUGUGUACAUCAUACUGUUUGCUCGGUGGCGUUGAGCUUUUUGAAACAACUUCACGUGACUGCAAAGAGAAUAUUUUACAUCUUGAAUUUCAAUGAUGGACUCUGAAGCCCAACACGGCCAGCUUCGUGGCGGUGAAGCAGGAGUGGAUGACGACUUGAAUACGCCCCUGCUAUCAGAUGACCAUUCCCAGGCGCCAGUGGCUCAGGAUGUACGGAAAAUAUCUCAAUUCCUGGCCGUCCUCUCCGCCACCUGUGGAGCGUUUUGCUUGGGAUCCGUGCUGGCCUGGACCUCUCCGGUUGGAGAAAGACUGAAGCAAGGAGCCCUUGGCUUUCCAAUUUCAGACGACCAACUGGGUUGGGUCGGAUCCCUGGCUGGAUUCGGCGCAGCUGUGAUGGCGCCGAUUGCCGGACAGCUGGUCGACCGGCUUGGCCGCAAAGCCUGCAUGAUCUUCUUGUGCGUGCCUCUCUGCAUCGGCUGGCUGCUGGUCGCCUUUGCCAAAAACCCUGCCAUGCUCUACAGCGGGCGAAUCAUCUGCGGCGCUUCUGGCGGCGCCUUCAGCGUGGCCGCGCCUGUCUACGUGUCUGAGGUGGCCCAUCCGUCACUGCGAGGAGCCCUGGGAGCGCUCUUCCAGCUGCAGGUUGUGAUGGGCGUUGAGAUGGCUUACGUCAUUGGACCACUUGUGUCUGUGUUUUGGCUCACUGUGAUAUCGGCGAUUUUACCAGUUGUGACGGCAGUAGCAGUGCUCAUUUUUUCUCCUGAGUCUCCUUCGUUCCUUCUUCGAAAGGGCCGUACGAAUGCGGCUCAUGACUCGCUUCAGUGGCUGUGGGGUAACAAGUGCGACUUGAGAACGGAACUGAACGAAAUGUCAAGACAAGUCUCUGAAGAGAGAUCUGUGUCGGUGAAAACCAUUUUCCUACAGAAGGCAACUAUGAUUUGCGUUGGCUUGAUGGCGUUCCAGCAGUUCUCUGGUAUCAACGCUGUGAUCUUCUUCACGGAGCAAAUCUUCGCUGCGGCUGGCGGGUCAGUGCAGGGUGCUACUGCAGCGGCCAUCGUCGGAGCCGUCCAGGUUGGCGCCACAUUCCUCUCCUUCCUGGUUGUGGACAAGGCGGGCCGGCGGCCGCUGCUGCUGUUGUCAGCCACCGUGAUGGCCGCGUGCAACACCACCCUGGGCGCCUUCUUCUUCCUGAAGGACCGCGGCCAGGACCUGAGCUCUCUCGGCAUGCUGCCUGUUCUCGCCGUCUGCCUCUACUUCCUGGUUUUCUCGCUUGGCUUUGGACCUGUGCCGUGGAUCAUGGUCGGCGAGCUGUUUGCCCCCGAGGUCAAGGGCGUUGCUGGCUCAGUCGCGUCGGCCGCCACCUGGUGGCUCGCAUUCGCCGUCACCUCCCUGUUCAGGCCAAUCGUAUCUGCCAUUGGCGAGGGUCAAACUUUCUGGAUGUUCGCCGGGCUCACCGCCGUUGGAGUGCUCUUCGUGCUCCUCUUUGUGCCUGAGACCAAAGGCAAGACGCUGGAGGAAAUCCAAACAAGCCUGAAUGCGACUAACUAGGUUCAAAUCAUUCGUGUCUAUGGCAAGUCGUCAUAUAUUAUAUAUGUGAUCAAUGUUGUAAUUUUAAAAACUCUCAUUCUUGACAAAGACUGCUAAAGUUAUCGCAACGUUCAGCUUUAAUGGUGAAAAUUUAGUGUAGAUCAAAACACAAAAUAGUAAUUGUUAAUGCAACGUAUUGAGAUUAUUAUAACCUACGGUCUAUUAUUAUACAUAUUCAUAUUCUAUCUGAGCAUGAUAAUAAAUGAUUAAUCCCAGAAUA